AUAUUUCUGUCCUCUGUCGCAUUCCUGCAGGUCUUCCGCUUUCUAGGGGGUUUCAAAAGCCAAAAACAGGUGACCAGAAGUUUUGGUAGUUCUGCUCAGACAGUAACUUUGAUCCCAGGCGAUGGCAUCGGACCCGAAAUAUCAAAUGCCGUUAUGGAGAUUUUUGCUGCUGCAAAGGCUCCUGUUCAGUUCGAAGAGCGAAAUGUGACUGCUAUCCAAGGACCGGGAGGGAAGUGGAUGAUCCCCCUAGACGCCAAAGAAUCCAUGGACAAGAACAAGAUCGGACUGAAAGGCCCCUUGAAAACACCGAUUGCGGCCGGCCACCCAUCGAUGAACCUGCUGCUCCGCAAAACUUUUGACCUUUACGCCAAUAUCCGCCCCUGCGUGUCUAUCGAAGGCUACAAAACUCCCUACGCCGAUGUUGACAUCGUCACGAUACGAGAGAACACGGAGGGCGAAUACAGUGGGAUCGAGCAUGUGAUUGUUGACGGCGUCGUCCAGAGUAUCAAACUCAUCACCGAAGACGCCAGCAAGCGUAUUGCCGACUUUGCGUUUGAAUACGCCAGAAACAAUCAGAGAAGCAAAGUGACGGCAGUGCAUAAAGCAAACAUUAUGCGAAUGUCUGACGGCUUGUUCCUGAAGAAAUGCAGAGAAGCGGCCGAAAACUGUAAAGAUAUUAAAUUUAAUGAAAUGUAUCUCGACACUGUGUGUCUGAAUAUGGUGCAGGAUCCAACACAGUUUGAUGUCCUUGUGAUGCCCAAUUUGUACGGUGAUAUCCUGAGUGACUUGUGUGCGGGAUUGAUCGGGGGCCUCGGGGUGACACCAAGCGGGAACAUUGGUGCCAACGGAGUGGCCAUCUUUGAGUCGGUCCACGGCACAGCUCCGGAUAUUGCCGGGAAGGACUUGGCGAAUCCGACGGCGCUCCUCUUGAGUGCGGUGAUGAUGCUGCGUCACAUGGGGUUGCAGGAAUACGCCACCAAAAUAGAAGACGCCUGCUUCGACACCAUUAAAGAUGGGAAGGUCUUGACCAAAGAUUUGGGAGGCAACUCCAAGUGUUCGGAGUUCACCGCAGAGAUCUGCCGCAGGGUGAAGUCGGCGGAAUAAAAAACAAAAACCUCUUCAUAUCAUAACCGGUUUUCAGUCACUCCUCAUUAGCCGUGUCUGCAAAUGCGUAUCGUUUCGUUUGCCUUUUUCUCAUUUGAGAGGAAAGCAAACAUUUUAAGCAGGGUCUCUCUUUUUGUUAAAUACACUCAGCCCGAGGCAUUCUUGUGCCUGCUUUCUUUCUGUGGACAUUUCCUUAGUAUUUGUCUUCCUUAUUUAUUACACUCCUCUUGGUAAAUAAAUUAUAUCUCUGUUAGCAGA